CCCCUCUCUCUCUCUCUCUCUCUCUCUCUCUUUGUGAUUUAGUGUUAUUCCAAAGAGUGGGGAGAAUUGUGCAAAAAUAUUAUCAGGGGAAAAGAAUAAGCUAAGUUUGAUCUUCUUUUUGGAGAAUUACUGAGGCUUCUUCUUGUAUUUGAUCACUAGAAAAGAAGAUCAAGGAUGAUGAUGACAGAAAUAGUUGAUCAUAAAAGAAAGAAUUACGACAAUUACUUUCACGGCACCGCCGCCAGCGCAGCCAUGACAACCGCAACUGCCGCCGCCGCCGCCGCCGCCACCAAUUAUGGUAGUAUGAGCGGCAAGAAGUUGAAGACAGAUGCAGGAGGAGGCCCCAUCUAUCCAAAGGAGAAGAAGGACAGGAUUGGAGAGCGAGUCGCGGCGCUGCAACAACUGGUCUCUCCUUUCGGAAAGUCGGAUACAGCUUCGGUUCUUCAAGAAGCUUCUGGGUACAUCAAGUUCCUCCAUGACCAACUCAAGGUUCUAAGCGCUCCAUAUCUACGAACUUCAGUGGCUGGUAAAGUUGAGGAUGGGGAUUACUACAGCUUGGGAAGCCGCGGCCUCUGCCUCAUGCCGGUCGCGGUGACGCUCGGAAUAGCCCGGAGCAACGGCGCGGAUCUAUGGGCACCAGUUAACUCGAGCAGCAGGAACCCAUAAGUGUCUCUUAGAGCACAAGGUCUACACAUUAGUGACCAUACAGAGUCUCAAAUACUAUGUUAGAAGCCCGAGUACUCCGAUAAAAGCCCUAACCCUAGUCAUCUCCUGUACUAACAUAUUGUUUCAUUCAACUUAUGUUUGCGUACUUGUGCACCUCCUGUAUUUUGACUGCAAUAUAUAAUUAUAUAUGAAUUGACCAGUUUGUAAA